AUGGAACCAGACCAGAAUACUUUACUAUCACAUUCUUUGCCAAACUACUACCUGCCCGUUCCGCGCAAACCCUUUACGUCACCCACAUCUAACUACAACACCCUUUACGCCUGCCUUUACGCCCAACUUAACGCCUGCCUUUACGCCCAACUUAACGCCUGCCUUUACGCCCAACUUAACGCCUGCCUUUACGCCCAACUUAACGCCUGCAUUUACGCCCAACUUAACGCCUGCCUUUACGCCCAACUUAACGCCUGCCUUUACGCCCAACUUAACGCCUGCCUUUACGCCCAACUUAACGCCUGCAUUUACGCCCAACUUAACGCCUGCCUUUACGCCCAACUUAACACCUGCCUUUACGCCCAACUUAACGCCUGCCUUUACGCCCAACUUAACGCCUGCCUUUACGCCCAACUUAACGCCUGCCUUUACGCCCAACUUAACGCCUGCCUUUUCGCCCAACUUAACGCCUGCCUUUACGCCCAACUUAACGCCUGUCUUUACGCCCAACUUAACGCCUGCAUUUACGCCCAACUUAACGCUUGCCUUUACGCCCAACUUAACGCCUGCCUUUACGCCCAACUUAACACCUGCCUUUACGCCCAACUUAACGCCUGCCUUUACGCCCAACUUAACGCCUUCCUUUACGCCCAACUUAACGCCUGCCUUUACGCCCAACUUAACGCCUGCCUUUACGCCCAACUUAACGCCUGCAUUUACGCCCAACUUAACGCCUGCCUUUACGCCCAACUUAACGCCUGCCUUUACGCCCAACUUAACGCCUGCCUUUACGCCCAACUUAACGCCUGCCUUUACGCCCAACUUAACGCCUGCCUUUACGCCCAACUUAACGCCUGCCUUUACGCCCAACUUAACGCCUGCCUUUACGCCCAACUUAACGCCUGCAUUUACGCCCAACUUAACGCCUGCCUUUACGCCCAACUUAACGCCUGCCUUUACGCCCAACUUAACGCCUGCCUUUACGCCCAACUUAACGCCUGCAUUUACGCCCAACUUAACGCCUGCCUUUACGCCCAACUUAACACCUGCCUUUACGCCCAACUUAAAGCCUGCCUUUACGCCCAACUUAACGCCUGCCUUUACGCCCAACUUAACGCCUGCCUUUACGCCCAACUUAACGCCUGCCUUUACGCCCAACUUAACGCCUGCAUUUACGCCCAACUUAACGCCUGCCUUUACGCCCAACUUAACGCCUGCCUUUACGCCCAACUUAACGCCUGCCUUUACGCCCAACUUAACACCUGCCUUUACGCCCAACUUAACGCCUGCCUUUACGCCCAACUUAACGCCUGCAUUUACGCCCAACUUAACGCCUGCCUUUACGCCCAACUUAACGCCUGCCUUUACGCCCAACUUAACGCCUGCCUUUACGCCCAACUUAACGCCUGCCUUUACGCCCAACUUAACGCCUGCCUUUACGCCCAACUUAACGCCUGCCUUUACGCCCAACUUAACGCCUGCCUUUACGCCCAACUUAACGCCUGCCUUUACGCCCAACUUAACGCCUGCCUUUACGCCCAACUUAACGCCUGCCUUUACGCCCAACUUAACGCCUGCCUUUACGCCCAACUUAACGCCUGCCUUUACGCCCAACUUAACACCUGCCUUUACGCCCAACUUAACGCCUGCCUUUACGCCCAACUUAACGCCUGCCUUUACGCCCAACUUAACCCCUGCCUUUACGCCCAACUUAACGCCUGCCUUUACGCCCAACUUAACGCCUGCAUUUACGCCCAACUUAACGCCUGCCUUUACGCCCAACUUAACGCCUGCCUUUACGCCCAACUUAACGCCUGCCUUUACGCCCAACUUAACGCCUGCAUUUACGCCCAACUUAACGCCUGCCUUUACGCCCAACUUAAUGCCUGCCUUUACGCCCAACUUAACGCCUGCAUUUACGCCCAACUUAACGCCUGCAUUUACGCCCAACUUAACGCCUGCCUUUACGCCCAACUUAAUGCCUGCCUUUACGCCCAACUUAAUGCCUGCCUUUACGCCCAACUUAACGCCUGCCUUUACGCCCAACUUAACGCCUGCCUUUACGCCCAACUUUAG